GAUGCUUUCAACUAGUGUAUCAAUUUCCGUUCAACCCGGAUCCGCUCUUGUUGAUGACAGUGUUGACAUUGUUGUCAAAAAUCUUAAACCAAAACAAAAAGUUACUAUAGCUUCAUACUCUAAUGAUUCUAAUGUAAAAAUGGUGUCCAAUGCCUAUUUUGAGGCGAACGAUAAUGGACAAGUAUCUUGUACGAAUGAUGAAAGUUUAGGUGGAACAUAUAAAGGUAAACAUGCUGAUGGCCUGUUUUGGAGUCAAAAAAACGCAAUCAAUCAAAGGGAUGGUCUACGAUAUCUGAAGAAGGAUAUAACAACUCCAAUAAAUGUAAAACUUGCCGUUUUUGAUGGUCAUAUAGAUAUUUGCGAUGAGAAGCCUUUUACAAGCAAUAGUUACUUAUCUGUAACGCAAUUAGACAGAUGGUAUUUAGACCAGGAAAAUGUUGACAGAAAAGAAAUCGCAGAGGGAAAUAUUCGAGGAACUCUAUUCAUGCCAAAAGGUAAAGGACCUUUUAAAGGUAUCGUUGAUCUAUUUGGAACUGGUGGAGGUUUAUUUGAACAUAGAGGCGCAUUAUUCUCUUCAAGAGGCUUUGCAGUUUUAUGCCUCGGUUAUUUCGAUUAUCGGGAUAUACCUCCCAAUAUAGAUAUACCACUUGACUAUUUCGAGGAAGGUGUGAAAUUCCUGGAAAGCCAGGAAAAAGUGGAAAAGGGAGGAGUUGGCGUAAUUGGUUUGUCACUUGGAGCUGAAAUCGCUCUGAUGAUGGUCAAUUAUAUACCGCUUGUAAAAGCCGCUUGCAUUAUAAACGGAACAGCAUUUUUGACUUUUGAAAGGAAGUAUAAGGGUCGUCUGGUUGCUGAGAAAACAACAGAUAUGGACUAUGACAGAAUUGUAAAUACGGAAGAGGGAAUGGUGUUUAAAGGCGUAUCUCAACAUUAUACUCCCGAAUCAGUUCUUCCUCUAAAUCAAACUGCCGAUUGCAGAAUUAUGGUGAUUGCAGGAGAGGACGACUGCAAUACGGACAGCGUAUUAUCAGGUCAUAUCGUUAGGGAUCAAAUUAAGAAAUUAAACUACAAUAAUUUCGAGAUGCUUAGCUAUCCCAAUACUGGUCAUUUAAUUGAGCCCCCCCAUUCACCGCUUUGCAAAGUCUGCUAUCACAAAUACGUUGGUACAAAUUUAAUAUACGGUGGAUCAACUUACGAACACGCAAUGGCACAGAUAGAUUCUUGGAGAAAAAUGAAAAACUUUUUUAAAAAGUAUGUCCCUAAUGGAAAUGUACCAAAGUCAAAUUAUUAG